AAUAUGUGACAACUGACAAAUGGAUCGAGUUAUUAAAAAUUUCGAUUUUUUAUAGUUGUGAUGCAGUAAAUAACUAAUACUGUUUUAAUUUGCAAAAAAUCUACCUCACCUUAAAAUUUAAUCACCUCCAAUGAUGUCUAACGAUGAACCCACUGAUUUGGACUGGGUGCAGCUCCGUAAAGAAAUGGGAGCUCACCAACAUGUUGAAACUACAAGCGAGAAAUUUUCAAGAAAAUUCACGGAAAAUCCCUUUGUCCCAAUAGGUUGUCUGGCCACAGCAGGAGCACUAUCAUAUGGUCUUUGGAGCUUCAGAACUGGCCGUAAAAAGAUGUCUCAACAAAUGAUGCGGCUCAGAAUUGUUGCUCAAGGAUUUACAAUUACUGCUCUAGUUGUUGGUGUGAUGAUGACCACAACAAAAGGCUUAGCUAAAUAGAUACCUGUACAUACUAUGCUGCGAUUUUCAUUAAGGCACAAUGGAUAUUUAAGUAGUAUUUUUAUUAAAUAGAAAUCUCAAGAA